GUUAUCAGAACUGUGGCAAGGGGCUACUGAGAGACAUUUUAGCUGCGUCUGUGUACAAGCUAGAUCCUCGUCAUCAUGAAGUUCCUAGUUGCAGCACUGGCGUCGUUCCUCGUUCUCGGUUUGGUGUCCUGCAACUCUGAGCCCCAGAAGGAGGUGAUGUUGUUCAACAAUGUCGACAAGGACAAGAACGGCAAACUGUCCAACGCUGAGUUGGAGGCCAUCUUCCUCUUCUUUGACGCCAACAAUGACAAGGAGAUAACACAGAAGGAAUUCGAAGAUGAGUGGGUUGUGAAGUACGCACUGGGACCAUCGGCGGAGGCUGUCGCCCUCUUCAAGGCUGCAGAUGCAAAUGAUGAUGACAAGAUCACCAAAGCCGAUCUACCCUUCAUCUUCCAGUAUUUCGACAUGGACAGUGACGGUAGUGUGGACAUGAAUGAGUUCCUAACACAGUGGGGCGACCUCACGCUGAUUCCGGUGGUGGGCAAAUAGACACUCGAGUUGUCUCCCUUCUGAGGGCGGUCGCCUUAUUGCAUGUGACAAUAAAUGUUGUUUUUAC